AUGGACGUGGGAAAGGAUGGAUCUCCUCUGAAGUUCCUCCAGACACCUGAACCUCAUCCACGGAGAGCCCAUGCUCCAGAUGUCAUUGGAACCUGGAGUUUGAGAAACAGAGAACAACUCAGGAAGAGAAAAGCUGAAGCACAGGAGAAGCAGACGUCACAAUGGAACUUUGGAGAACAGAAAAAACGCAAGUGUCAAAGAACAGGAAAAGGAAACCCAAGAGGCCCGAAGAGACAGGGGGGCACAGGGACGAGGGCACAGCCUCUGUCACAAACAGAGAAUCCAAGGAUGCAGAAAGCAAUGGAACCUGCUGAGGAAGAAACCGAGCACCCUGUAAACCCUGUGACUGAAGCCCUCCCAUCGGUGGCAUGCCCCCCAAAAGCUGUGCCUGCAGAACACUGUUCUGAAGCACACCAACAAAGCGUUCAGUGCCAGGAUCUAGCAAUACAGAACCAUUCUCAAGCACACAAACAUAGGGCCAAACCUGAAGACCUCUCUCCUAACACGUGCCCAGAAAGAGCUGUACUUCAAUAUUCUUUUAAAAUGUGCCCAGACACGGAUGAACCUGAGGUGCCUUCUCCUGAAAUGUGCCAGGAAACAGCUGUGUCCCCAAACCAUUCUUCCAAAGUACCCCAAGAUAUGGCUGGACCCGAGGCACUCUCUCCUAAAAUGUGCCAGGAAACAGCUGUGCUUGCCCAAAACCAUUCUUCCAAAGCACCCCAAGAUAUGGCUGGACCCGAGGUGCUCUCUCCUAAAAUGUGCCAAAUACCAGCUGUGCUUCGAGAGCAUACAUUGAACAUGUGCCAAGAUGUGACCAGACCUGAAGUCGUCUCCCCUAAAACACGCCAAGAGAUGGCUGUUGUUCCCUGGACAACACUUGGAGAUGCUGCUGGCCCAGAAAGAUGCUCUCCUGAAGCACUCCUCCAGACAGAUGUGCCUGAAGGCUGUCCACUUGAUACAUGCCCCAAAUCAGUCACCCCAGAGAAAACUUCCCAAGCAGAUCAGGCAAUGGCUGUGACUGAAGACUGCUUCUCUGAAACACGAGAAUGCGCCGUGUCUGAAGACAUUUCUUCAAAAACACACCAAGAAGCAGUUGAACCUGAAUUCAUUUUUCAUGAGACCUACAAACCCACUGAGCCUACAGUCUCCUCUCAUAAAACAAUCCAAGACUCACCUGGGCCUGAAGACCAUUCACUGGAAACAUGUCAACCAAUGUCUGGGCUUGAGUACUACUCCCCUGAAACCUGCCAUGAAAUGCCUGGGCCUGAAGACCUCUCCAUCAAGACCUGUGAGAACAGGGAUGGGCCUAAGGACCGCCUUCCAGAACACACCCAGGAAGCAGGUGGGGCCCAAGGACAGGACCCUAACGCCCACCAGGACAGUGAGGGCGCUUGUGCUUUCUCUCAAGAUUUUACAGAAUUGAAGGAAAAAGCCAAAGUAAAUCAAGAUGCAGAAACACCAUCAAGUCCACAGGGUCCUCAAGAGAUCUGUCGAGAAGAUGACACGUAUAGCUAUGUUCUGUUUUAACACGACUCAGCGAUGAAGUUGCAGUCCAAAUGAACAGAGCAUACACAUCUUCUCUUGUAUGAUUUUCCUGAAACAUUGUAGCAAUUGCUACAAUUUGCAUUACUAUUUUAGCUGGUGUUUUUUUCCAUAUAGAUCUUAUCUGAAAGAGAGAACUAACUUUUAAAGGCUCUAACACAUACACAAUAGUGGUGUGUGUGUGUGUGUGUGUGUG